AUGGCUUUUUCCGGAGCUGUCAUUUUAACCGAUCUAAACGAUUACAUUGCACCCUCACAAGCUUGCAUUAAGCCAGUCGAAAUUAAAAAGAAUCAGGGUGAUGGUGCACCCGUUUCUAUUAAAAUCGACGAUUUUGGUGGACACUUUGAAGUCUCUCAAGAUGGAAGCGAAACAAAGUUAGAAACCGCUAGUAUAACUUUGAACGAUUGUCUGGCAUGCAGUGGAUGUAUCACAUCCGCCGAGAGUAUUCUCGUUAGCAUGCAAUCACACGAAGAACUUUAUAAAGUGUUUGAAAGUAAUCGAGUCGCAAUUGAACAAGGAAAAACUCAAGAUGUCAAAACAGUAGUGGUUUCAAUAGCACCACAAUCACGUGCUUCUAUUGCUGCCAAAUAUAGAUUGACUCCCUUACAGGUAGCUCAACGCAUCACCCAUUUCUUAAAGUCACUCGGCGUUGAUUAUGUUUUCGACACAUCUUUUUCACGGGAUUUCUCGUUGAUUGAAAGUGCACGAGAAUUUGUCGAAAGAUAUCGCGUAUUACAAGAGAAGCAAUCAGCUAGUCGGAUAGUUAAUAAUGAUGGUGGUGAUGUUGAAGGAUUGAAACCUAAGCGAAUUAGACGAGCUGGAAAUAAUUCAAGAGAAAACAGUUUUAUGGUUGAAGCGCGCCUUCCAAUGUUAGCAUCAUCAUGUCCUGGUUGGAUUUGUUACGCUGAAAAGACUCAUGGAUUCACAUUACCUUAUAUAAGUGAAACAAAGUCACCGCAACAGAUAAUGGGUGUCCUCGUCAAAGAUUACUUGGCCAACAAAAUCGGAGUCAAACCUAAUCAAAUAUAUCAUGUAAGCGUAAUGAUGUGCUACGACAAAAAACUCGAAGCUUCGCGAGAGGAUUUCAUCAAUAACGAAUACCAUACACAUGAUGUCGAUUGUGUUAUCACAUCCGGAGAACUGGAUAAGAUGUUUGAGGAACAAAACUUCAAAAUUGCUGAAUGUACUACAGCCAUGACAUCCUCUUUUGAUUCCUUUACAAAAAUGAAUUCCGAAGGGAAUUUACUUGGGACAUCUGGCACAGGAUCUGGCGGUUUCUUGGAAUAUAUCCUUUCUUAUGCGGCUAAAGAAUUAUUUGGGGUUAGUGGCGUUGAUGUUGAUCAAGAAGAAGGCGUGGUGGUCAAAAUUGGGAAAAAUAAAGACUUUAAGGAAAUCUCAUUAGAGAUUGACGGAAAAUCGGUGCUGAAAUUCGCAUCCGCUUAUGGAUUCCGUAAUAUACAAAAUCUCAUUCGCAAAAUAAAAACUAGUAGUUCACCUUAUCAUUAUGUGGAAGUGAUGGCUUGUCCGUCAGGAUGUAUAAAUGGAGGUGGACAACUAAAGCCAACAGAGUCAUCGAUAUCAGUCAAAGAUUGGAUCAAUCAAGUCGAUAAGCUUUAUCGAUCUGUGGAUAAUGAGUCACCAGAAAACAAUGAAUCGGUGCAACGACUUUACAUUGAUUGGCUCGAAGGCAAGGAUUCAUUAAAAUGUAGAAAGAUCAUGAGAACUCAGUAUCACGCAGUGGAGCAAACUUUAAUUAAUCCGUUAACCGUAAAAUGGUGA